AUGCCAGACGCAGCGAUGCUUGUUGCACAUCACUAACAACGAUGUUGGCAAAUGAAACGAACAAGCUGCUGCUUUCCUCGCAGCAGGAAAAGCCAAAUCACUACACCUACCUGAAGGAGUUCCGCGUGGAGCAGUGCCAGUCGUUUUUGCAGCACAAGUGCAACCAGCAUCGCCCCUUCGUCUGUUUCAAUUGGCAUUUUCAAAACCAGCGUCGGCGUCGUCCAGUGCGAAAACGCGAUGGCACAUUCAACUACAGUGCGGAUAACUAUUGCACCAAAUACGACGAAACCACUGGCAUUUGUCCCGAGGGCGAUGAAUGCCCCUACUUACACCGCACUGCUGGAGACACCGAAAGGCGAUACCAUCUGCGCUACUACAAGACAUGCAUGUGCGUCCACGACACCGACAGCCGUGGAUACUGCGUCAAGAAUGGACUACACUGCGCCUUCGCCCACGGCAUGCAGGACCAGCGCCCACCGGUUUAUGACAUCAAAGAGCUGGAGACCCUGCAGAACGCGGAGAGCACACUGGACAGCACUAAUGCUCUAAAUGCCCUGGACAAGGAGCGCAAUUUGAUGAACGAGGAUCCCAAGUGGCAGGACACCAACUACGUGCUGGCCAACUACAAGACAGAGCCCUGCAAGCGCCCACCGCGCCUGUGCCGCCAAGGAUACGCUUGUCCACAGUACCACAAUAGCAAGGACAAACGUCGCUCGCCCAGGAAAUACAAAUACAGGUCCACUCCUUGCCCCAAUGUUAAGCACGGUGAGGAAUGGGGAGAACCGGGAAACUGCGAGGCCGGCGAUAACUGCCAGUACUGCCACACACGCACCGAGCAGCAGUUCCACCCGGAGAUCUACAAGUCGACCAAGUGCAACGAUGUCCAACAGGCCGGUUACUGUCCGCGCAGCGUCUUCUGCGCCUUUGCGCAUGUGGAACCAUGCUCAAUUGACGAGAAGGCGCGGGAUCACACGGUAUCCCUAAGCGAGCUUAUUUCCAAUGCGUAUCCUGAUUUAAAAGCCCAGGAUGCGUUUCAAAGGGGCGAUAAUUUGUUGAACAUUGAUGGUAAUAGCACCAAUAAAAUGUUGGUAGACGCUUUGGAAAAUACAACAAAUUUCAGCAAAUUUUUAAGUUUCUCACGACCCCUGGACAGUCGUUCUUGCUCACUGGACGAUCCGCGCGAGAACUCAUUGUCGGCGAGUCUGGCCAAUACUAGCUUAUUAACACGUUCCUCGGCGCCAAUUAACAUUCCUAAUACGACUCUAAAUAACUCAAUUAACGAUUUUAACUCAGGUGGCUUCGCCGUCAACAUUCCCAGCAGCUCGCUCCCCUACAGUCCCACCAACCAUGCCAAUAUCUUUAACGUGGACGCCUUCAACUAUGGCGGCUCAAACAAACUCAGCAAUUCCCUUUCGGCCACCCAGAACGAUAGCAGUCUCUUCUUUCCGUCGCGCAUUAUAUCGCCUGGCUUUGGGGAUGGCUUGUCGAUUAGUCCUUCGGUAAGGAUAUCCGAAUUAAAUACCAUACGCGACGACAUCAACAGCAGCUCGGUGGGAAAUAGUCUGUUUGAGAACACUCUUAAUACGGGCAAGAACGCGUUCAGCCUGCAAUCUCUGCAGUCGCAAAACAACAGCGACCUGGGCCGCAUCACCAAUGAGCUGCUCACAAAGAAUGCUCAAAUCCAUAAGUUGAACGGACGCUACGAGGACAUGGCAUGCAAGCUAAAGAUCGCGGAGCUCCAUCGGGAUAAGGCCAAGCAGGAGGCGCAGGAGUGGAAAGAGCGCUAUGACUUAGCACAGAUACAGCUCAAUUUGCCAGCAGAACUUCGGGACUUGUCCAUACAGAAAUUGAAGCAAUUGCAGUCAAAGCUGCGCACCGAUUUGGAGGAGGUCGACAAAGUAUUAUAUUUAGAAAAUGCCAAGAAGUGCAUGAAGUGCGAGGAGAACAAUCGCACGGUAACUCUGGAGCCGUGCAACCACCUGUCUAUCUGCAAUACAUGCGCUGAAUCGGUCACCGAGUGUCCCUACUGUCAGGUGCCGGUAAUAACCACACACACCUAGAACAUGUUUUAUCAGCAACAGGACCACAAGUGGCCCUUUGGCUGAAAAUCGGAUAGGAAAGGGGAUUCCGAUAGGAUAUGAAUGGAUCAUGGGGAUCAAGACCGCGAACAGCAUGACAAUGUGGUACUCACAAAGCAAACUUUAGUCAUAAGCAAAACGUUGAAACUUUUGAUCACUUAGGAUUUGACACAAGCCUACUACUUGUGCAAGUGGCAAGGAAUAUAUAAUUUAUAUUUUCAAUCUACGCUAAAUAUGCAAAUUAUCGUCAUGAAUAUUAGCAACUACUAGGCACAAACUAUUAAUUGAAUUAGAUAGCAACUCUAAGCAAAUAAGUAUAUAAUUUUAUUUUUGUUUAUCUAUUCUCAAAUCGAAUACAGGAAAAAACAUUUUAAAUUGAUUUUUUUACUAUGCUUUAUGUAACCAACUCUUUUAAUUUUGUUUAAUAUUCAGUGUUUAGGCAUACAUAUUUUCUAAUUUACUGCACGAAUUUGCAAUGUCUCAUUUAUUUUUUUUACCCACAUAUUUGUGUAUCUCUAUAUUUGUAUUUAAAUAUGCUACACUUUCAGUCAUAUUGUACUUUUCACUAGUAUUACAUAAGAAAUUAUGAGAACUAAACCAUUACAAGAUGUAAUUGGUCGAAGGAUAUGAUAAAUAUAAAAUAUAUUAAUUUUUCUAGACACUUUUAGCAAUUGACUAUUAACAAAUUUAUAGAAACCAACAAAUUUAACAAUAUAUUGUCGCAUAGAAGGGCAGAAAACAACCACAAACAAACAAAUACCACCAGUGAUUUUAUAUAAGCCGAUUUUCAAACUGUAUUUUUUAUGUAUGUGUUUCAAACUUGUGAAAGCAAACUACAACUAAAAGCCAAGACAAUGGUCAUAAAAUCAAUGUAACUGACGGGUAAUCAAUCUUAGUCAGUACUCAGCUUUUAUUUUUCUUUUUCCAAAUGCACAAAAGUAAUUAUAGACGUUGAAACGAAAAGUAACUAAAUGCGACAACGCUUUUCCUUAUCGAAAGUAAAUGUUGUUUUCUGAAAACCAAGUUGAAUGUAUUAAGACACUUUACUUUUAUUUAGGUUUUGGUGGGUGCAGCGUGUGUAAACCAAUGCCAUUAACCAGUCACAAAAUUACAAACUCACGUAUAUACUCUAUUAGGUUACUUUGUGAUUUGUAUAGUGCUUUAAGUACUUACUUUGCAGUUGACUUCAAUCUUCAUUUUACUUUCAUAGUCUCAACUGGACGCUUCCAAUUUAGUAAAAGCAAAAAAUGAAUCGUCAAUGUCAAAACGUAAUAUUUAAGUCAUAUAAAAUCAAGCAUUUGGCUGAUGGUACAAGAACGAAUAUGAAUAGAUAUAUAUUUAUGGAAAAUUUGAACGCAGAUUCGAUGAGUGUGAUGUAGAAAGCAUAAACAAUAAAAGUAACUCGAUACAGCGAAAUGAACAGAGUUUAAUGAAAAUGUUAACCAGAGUUAAUGUAAAACCGUCUUCAAAAACCAUUGUAUUUUUCUGGAAAAAUCAAAUUAUGAAAUGUAAUCAAUUGGACAAUGUUGAAUGAAACUGAAACGUGUUGUUAGCUAGUUGAGUUGAAUUGAUAAAGAUGUAAUCAAAAUGAAACUGUUCUGGAAAUGAAUUGAAUAUGAACAUGAAUAUGUAAUGAACAUAGGCAUUUAUUGGAAACAAAAGCAACACUAUGAAUAUAUACAAAUGAAAAACUGAAAUAUAUUAUUACAAAGCUAACUAGGAAAGGCAGCGCAAAGGCUCUUAUCUCUGUGUGUGUUUGUACUGUGUUUUGUAGAAGCCAAAUCAGCAAGAAAUACAAAUAAUUAAUAAAUAUAACAAUAAACAAAUGUGUGUUAACUUAUAAAUGCUUUAAUAGUUUAUGAUACAAGUGUACACAAAAAAACUAAAAAUCACGAGAACAAAUGAUGAGAAAAUUGGUUUUAUAAUGGAGCUGUUGAGUCGCAAAUCUAUUGUGUGUAAUACCAAAACUAAACUAAAUGCAUACCUCUCUCAGAAUAUCCUUGACUCUCAUCAACGGGCACAGUUUAAAGAUUUGCUAAUUUACUUUAUAAAUCUCCACGAUAUACAUGGGAUGUCUAUCGACCUACACGUUCUUCAACCCCAUUCAUUCCAAACCAACCAAUGCAAAGCAAAGCAAUUUUACAACAUGUCAAGAAAUCCAUUUCACGCCAUCUAAACUGUGAAGAAUCAAACAGAAACCAGAUCGAAAAGUAUAUGUACGUUACAUACAUAUAUAUUUAUAGAUGACACAUGUAUUUUGUAUACGCUACUGUAAGAGUGAUUUUUAUGUGAUUUUGAAACUACUUGAAUAUGUGAUCCAGAAAAAUAUAUAAAAAACAAAAAAGAACAAAAAAAUACAAAUAUUUAUAUAUAUUAAAUGCAAGCUCGCGACAGCAAACAGCAAUAAAACAAAUCAAAUUGUAAACCAACUUGACUUUAUGUACAACAACAAUGACGACAAGCAAAUAUGUUGUACAGCUCCAGCUCCAUUUAGAAAACAAAAGGCAAGCGAAGAAGGAUUUUGGUAGUUGAAGAGAUAUGGACACACGUAGAAUACUAAACAAAUUGUCAAAUGAACACGUAGACCAGAAAAAAACAUCAAAUUGUAAUGACAAACCAAAAAAAGAACAAGCAAAUAAAUGUCUAAAAUAUCAAAUUGAAUUAGUAGCUAGCUUAUAGGGUUCUCAAGUGAAAAUUUACCAGAGGAAAUACAAAACGAGUAACAAAAGCAAAGGCAAUUACUUCUCUAGCUCUAGAACUAAGAACAAAUGUUUGCUACCAAUUGUUUCAACUAGUUAAUCUAUAAUAAAUUAACAAAUUGUAGAAAACUGUAACUGAAGGUUUAACAAGCAUAGCAAAACCAACAAAAAAAACAUGACAACUCUGAACACCGAACAGGAAUUUUAAAUAUGAAAUCGCGGAGACCGAGCAAUUUGCAAUCGAAAGUACUGUCUAGUAUUUUAAACUUGUCUACAACAAUUAUGAAUCAAAUGGAUAUAUGCAGUUUUGUGCGAACCAAGCCCACACAGAAACACACAAUAAGUGAAACACGACGAACUAAGUGGAAUCAAUAUAAAAAGAUUUUAUUUUUUUUCUAGAAUACUACAAAUGUGUGUCAAGACCUAAAUGAAUUAAGCAGAAUUUGAAACUUUUACUAGAAAUAACCGCUGAACUAGAUUCGAACAAAUUCAACAGCUCUCUAUAAGUUAACUUACAACUAGCCUAGGCUAUAGGAAAUAUGACAAAUAUAUUAAUCUAUAUAGAAUAUCUAUAAAAAAUUUUAUAUCUAAUUUGCGGUUCAUGUCUCGGCUAAAUCUCACUUCAGUUAUAUCAGUUUUAAAUUAUGUAUCUUUUCUUUGUUGACCCCCGUUUAUAUGGGGAUCGUCGAAUGAUAUUAAUAUCGAUGCACCGAUAUUGGUCGGAUGCAAUAAAGCUCUUAACUUAUACAGUUUCUUAUCGGGGAUUUAUUGGCGCGGAAACGCGGUCAUAGCAAUUAAAUUUAUCACUUGCAGUAUACAUUAAAGUACAUCCCUUGAUAUUAUAAAACCUAAAGACCAAAAACAAUAUUUGCUUAACGAUGUUAAUUUGCUUUAUUAUUUCCUUUUUGUAGUGACUCGCUUUAUUUCCUCGCCUCAACGGGCAAUGUUGUGUGUUAUUGCUAAAGUUAUUGUCAAGAGUGAAUAAUUAUAUAUAUUUAGAGAGAGACAGAAUCAAGAAAUUAGUAAUUGUAAUGUUUAAAAUGGAAAACAAAAUACAAACAAUAGACUCGGAUUCAAAAACACCCUUCCACAUUGUAGAGAAUAGAACCUUAACAAAUCAAUUAUUGAACUAGUUAUGCCCACAGUGGAUAUGAAUGAAUACAAAUAUUUGAAUAUUUAUAUACACAUAUUACGUAUUACCUAUGGAUAGCAUUAUCAAAUUAUUAUCAAGCAAAUUGUGUAGCAAUUUAGUUAUGUAUUUCGAAAACGAGAACAAAUGUUUGUCCAAGGCGACCACACAAAGCAACAAAAGCAUCUGCCUCAAUCCGAAUAUACACACCUCUAUAUACAUACUUGUAUUUACGAACCUAAGUGUUGGCAAUAAUCGAGCGGACAGCAGGAGUUUCUAUAUAGGCAUUUGCUAUGGAGAGUUACUACUAUGUAAACUAUGCAAUUAACAAAUUGAUAAAUACAAAUUACUAUUUAAAAGAAAGAUUAAUAAAACCGUGUUUAAAGCAA